ACAGCAUACGCGAUCUGUACGAGCUGCUCCUGCAGAAGGAGGCGAUCGAGGAACGCAUUGGUGCCCAUCAGGUGGCCAGGAAAUCUGGACGCUCUCCGUCUCUGCGACUCAGGUUCGGACGCAGAUCCGACCCCAGUCUCAUUCAGGCGUCUCCCUACAUGCUGUCCGCCGCUCAGGACGCAGCAGAGAUCGCUAAUUAGGGAUGCUGCAUCUUAAGAUCAACCAACUCUUCCCGACUUUAGAACAGAAACCAACCCACGCCCUGACUACAACCAACAACUACAGCAGACACCGACCCACACCCAGUCACAUAAACAUACACACAAAAAACACGUACACUUCAACGAGGAUCUCUUCUGCGUUGACCAAAUAGCAACCGACUCAUCUUGGAAACAAAAAAACAACAACACAAAGGAUUCAACAUGCCUGGUUCUUCGACCCCCAACCCCUUAUCUUCUUAGCUAUUCUCGCAUUAUUGUAACCUGUAAUCGAAGUAUAUUGUAAAUGACACUAGUCAGCAUGCGUAAUUUCUAUAUAGUAUUAGAUGUGUAUUCUUUACUCUUUCGUUGAUGUUUAACUUUAGCUCACCGACGAAGAGGAGUACGUUUGGUUUGGUUCUCAAUAAUAUUGGACGAAUAAACUCUUAAUGCAUUCA